AGUAAAUCCUGUAUCGGAACGUGCCCAUACCAGCCAGUUACUAUCUUUCGUUUUACAUCUUUCUUUCCGUUUUGCUAAUAUUGUUCACGACAUCACGAAAUAGAAAUGAUAGCGCGUCAAAACUUGUUGUUGUAGUGUUUCAAGAUCUUUGUGUGGUUUUAUAACAAAAUUCGUGUAAUCUACCCAAAUUAGAGAACAAUCAGUCACCAUGUCGAACUUUCAGGGUAUGCUGGCAAUUAAAAGGGAGGUUCUUAUUGCAGGGAAAUAUAGGAUUAUUAGAAGAAUCGGUGGUGGUUCUUUCGGUGAUAUUUAUCUGGGCAUAAACACCGCUAAUGGCGAGGAGGUAGCAGUGAAGAUAGAAAACAUUAAGGCCCGACACCCUCAGCUUCUCUAUGAGAGCCGAGUAUAUAAAAUGCUCCAAGGGGGCAUUGGUAUACCACAUAUAAGAUGGUAUGGGUACGAGAAGGACCACAACAUCCUCGUGAUGGAUCUGCUGGGGCCUUCCCUCGAGGACCUCUUCAACUUCUGCUCGCGACAGUUCACAAUCAAGACUGUUCUCAUGUUAGCCGAUCAAAUGCUGGGUCGCGUGGAAUUUAUCCACUGCAAGUGCUUUAUACACCGCGAUAUAAAGCCGGAUAACUUUUUGAUGGGCAUCGGCCGUCACUGCAACAAGCUUUACAUGAUUGACUUCGGCCUCGCAAAGAAGUUCCGCGACCUGCGCACGCGCGCCCACAUAUCAUAUCGCGAGGAUAAAAAUUUGACUGGCACAGCGCGUUACGCCUCCAUCAACGCGCACCUCGGCAUUGAGCAGUCACGGCGGGACGACAUGGAGUCGCUCGGAUAUGUACUUAUGUACUUCAAUAGGGGCUCUUUGCCAUGGCAGGGACUGAAAGCUAUAACAAAGAAGCAGAAAUAUGAAAGAAUUAGCGAGAAGAAGAUGUCGACGCCCGUCGAAGUGCUCUGCAAGGGUUUCCCGGCCGAGUUUGCGAUGUAUUUAAAUUACUGCCGCGGUCUCACAUUCGACGAGGCGCCUGACUACAUGUAUCUUAGACAGCUGUUCCGCAUCUUGUUCCGUACGAUGAACUACCAGUAUGACUACACAUUCGACUGGACCAUACUGCGACAGCGCAAGCAGACCAUGGAGGCGGGCGCCGCCGCAGCAGACCGCCGCUCGCCCUCCGUGCAGCGCCGCGCGCAGCAGCCCCCGCAACCCCCACCCAACAACGAGGUGAAGUCAGCGCAUGCGACCGCAGACUCCGCAGCUAACAAACAGACAGUGAAGGGACAUCAGUCUGUCAGCCAAAUGAAGAAGAAACUAACCGCCAUCUCCUAAUAUAAAAUCCAUACAUACAAUAUACAUACAUACAU